CGCAUCAUCACAUCACCCCACUCUCUGCUGUUAAAGCGUCUGUCGGAGCUGUGUGACCUCAUCAUGAUGUGAUUUUUUUUGUCACCAUCACUGGAGACAGAGAUGUCUGACAGACACAGUUAGUUUAUCGAUCUGUGGGAGUCAGCGUUUUCAGGAUUACGCUUCAGUUUGUCUCCACCGUCUUUGCAGCCUGUUCGUGUCGUCCAGUCAUGGCACAGCAGGACGAUGCUGCCAAGAAGAACCCGGCUGUGGCAGCGUUGCACUCUCACUUUAUUGUGGGAUCGGUGUCGGAGGAGAACUCGGAGGAUGAAAUCCAAGGGAAGCAGCUGGAGGAGAAGGAGGAGAAGGAGACCCGGUCCUUGUCUCCGUCCUCCGGGAGCUCAGACAGCACCUAUGAAACAGGAUUUGACCCAGUUGAUGGCCCCAUACAAAAUUUAAGGCCAAGCAUGUCAGGGCUGCACCUGGUGAAGCAAGGCAGAGAUCGCCGACGUAUUGACCUCCAGAGGGACUUCACUGUGGCUUCUCCUGCUGAAUUUGUCACCCGCUUUGGUGGCAACAAAGUGAUUGAGAAGGUGCUCAUCGCCAAUAAUGGCAUUGCUGCGGUUAAAUGCAUGCGCUCCAUCCGUCGCUGGGCCUAUGAGAUGUUUCGCAAUGAAAGGGCAAUCCGCUUUGUUGUGAUGGUGACGCCAGAGGACCUAAAGGCCAAUGCCGAAUACAUCAAAAUGGCAGAUCAUUACGUCCCUGUACCUGGAGGGACUAAUAACAACAACUAUGCCAAUGUGGAGCUCAUUCUUGACAUAGCUAAACGCAUACCGGUUCAGGCUGUGUGGGCUGGAUGGGGUCAUGCCUCAGAAAACCCCAAACUCCCAGAGCUUCUUCAUAAGAAUGGCAUUGCUUUCAUGGGUCCCCCGAGUCAGGCUAUGUGGGCUUUAGGCGACAAAAUCGCCUCGUCUAUCGUUGCUCAGACAGCUGGAAUUCCUACUCUGCCUUGGAGCGGUUCAGGCCUGACAGUAGAGUGGACAGAGAGCAACCAGAAGAAGAGAGUCAUCAAUGUUCCUUCAGACGUGUACGAGCUUGGCUGCAUCCAAGGUGUAGAGGAUGGCCUAAAGGCCGCAGAGAAAGUCGACUACCCUGUGAUGAUAAAAGCCUCAGAGGGAGGGGGAGGAAAAGGUAUCCGCAAAGUCAACUGUGCUGAUGAUUUCCCCAACCUUUAUAGACAGGUUCAGGCAGAAGUCCCAGGAUCACCUAUUUUUGUCAUGCAGCUAGCAAAGCAUGCCCGCCAUCUAGAGGUCCAGAUCUUGGCUGAUCAGUAUGGAAACGCCAUCUCUCUGUUUGGCAGAGAUUGUUCUGUGCAGCGACGGCACCAGAAAAUCAUAGAAGAGGCUCCUGCUACCAUCGCUACCUCUGAUGUGUUUGAGGACAUGGAAAGGUGUGCAGUCCAGCUUGCUAAGAUGGUUGGCUAUGUGAGUGCGGGGACAGUGGAGUACCUCUACAGCCAGGAUGGCAGCUUCUACUUCCUCGAGCUCAACCCCCGUCUGCAGGUGGAACACCCUUGCACUGAGAUGGUUGCAGAUGUCAACUUGCCAGCCGCCCAAUUGCAGAUUGCCAUGGGUAUCCCUCUUCAAAGGAUCAAAGACAUCAGGAUGCUUUAUGGGGUCCAGCCCUGGGGAGACUCUCAGAUCGACUUUGAGGGUCUGUCAACAGCCCCCUCCCCUCGGGGCCAUGUCAUCGCAGCUCGUAUCACCAGUGAAAAUCCUGACGAGGGUUUCAAGCCAAGCUCCGGCACGGUGCAAGAGUUGAAUUUCCGCAGCAAUAAGAAUGUGUGGGGGUACUUCAGUGUUGCAGCCGCUGGAGGGCUGCAUGAGUUUGCUGACUCCCAGUUUGGACACUGUUUCUCAUGGGGAGAGAACAGGGAAGAGGCAAUCUCUAACAUGGUGGUGGCUCUGAAGGAGUUGUCUAUCAGAGGAGACUUCAGGACAACAGUAGAAUACCUCAUUAAGCUGUUGGAGACAGAAAGCUUUCAGCACAACAGCAUUGACACUGGCUGGCUUGACAGGCUCAUCUCAGAGAAGAUGCAGGCAGAGCGACCCGACACCAUGCUGGGGAUUGUCAGCGGGGCUCUCCAUGUUGCAGAUGUUAAUCUGAGAAACAGUGUGUCCAACUUCCUUCAUUCUCUGGAGAGGGGCCAGGUGCUGCCAGCACACACACUGCUCAACACUGUGGAGGUAGAGCUGAUCUAUGAAGGCACUAAGUAUGUCCUGAAAGUGACCCGCCAGUCUCCCAACUCUUACGUGGUGAUCAUGAACCACUCGUCUGCAGAGGUUGACGUCCAUAGGCUCAGCGAUGGAGGCCUUCUGUUGUCUUAUGAUGGAAGCAGCUACACCACCUACAUGAAGGAGGAGGUGGACAGGUAUCGAAUCACCAUCGGGAACAAGACUUGUGUCUUUGAAAAGGAGAAUGAUCCUUCGCUGCUGCGAUCUCCUUCCGCAGGGAAACUCAUCCAGUACACAGUGGAAGAUGGCGGUCAUGUGUUUUCUGGCCAGUGCUAUGCUGAAAUAGAGGUGAUGAAGAUGGUGAUGACCCUCACAGCUGCAGAGUCUGGUUGUAUUCACUAUGUGAAGAGGGCUGGGGCAGCACUGGAACCAGGCUGUGUCAUUGCCAAACUCCAGCUGGAUGACCCAAGCAGGGUUCAACAGGCGGAGCUGCACACUGGGGCCCUGCCAGCUAUCCAGGCUGUAGCUCUCAGAGGAGAGAAGCUCCACAGAGUCUUCCACAACACACUGGACCACCUGGUUCACAUAAUGAAUGGCUUCUGUCUCCCUGAGCCUUUCUUCAGUGUUAAGCUGAAAGAGUGGGUGGAGAGGUUGAUGAAGACCAUGCGUGACCCCUCUCUGCCGCUGCUGGAGCUUCAGGACAUCAUGACGAGUGUGUCGGGUCGCAUCCCUCCCGCUGUGGAGAAAGCUAUCAAGAAGGAGAUGGCACAGUAUGCCAGCAACAUCACCUCUGUGCUCUGCCAGUUUCCCAGCCAGCAGAUUGCAAACAUCCUGGACAGCCAUGCUGCCACUCUCAACAAGAAGUCAGAGAGAGAGGUCUUCUUUAUGAACACACAAAGCAUUGUUCAGCUGGUGCAGAAGUAUCGCAGUGGCAUCCGAGGUCACAUGAAGGCGGUGGUGAUGGACCUGCUCAGACAAUACCUCAAAGUAGAGAUCCAGUUUCAGAACGGACACUACGACAAGUGUGUGUUUGCUCUGCGUGAGGAAAACAAAGGUGACAUGGCCAACGUGCUCAACUACAUUUUCUCCCACGCUCAAGUCACCAAGAAGAACCUGUUGGUUACUAUGCUGAUUGACCAGCUGUGUGGCCGUGAUCCCACUCUGACAGAUGAGCUGAUGGCCAUCUUGACUGAACUCACACAGCUCAGCAAGACCACCAAUGCCAAGGUGGCUCUGCGGGCCCGACAGGUGCUGAUUGCUUCCCACCUCCCCUCUUACGAGCUGCGACACAACCAGGUGGAGUCCAUCUUCCUCUCUGCCAUCGACAUGUAUGGACACCAGUUCUGCAUUGAGAACCUGCAGAAACUGAUCCUGUCAGAAACAUCCAUCUUUGAUGUUCUCCCUAACUUCUUCUACCACAGUAAUCAGGUAGUCAGGAUGGCUGCUCUGGAGGUGUACGUUCGCCGAGCAUACAUAGCGUAUGAGCUCAACAGCGUUCAGCAUCGACAGCUGAAGGACAACACGUGUGUUGUAGAGUUCCAGUUCAUGCUUCCCACCUCGCAUCCCAACAGAGGGAACAUCCCCACUCUAAACAGGAAAAUGUCUGCUCCCAUCAUGGACUUUGCAAAAGCCGCGGACACUAGAUAUCAGGAUACUAAAGUCCAGGAUCUAAACGCACAAGAUAUUAAGUCUCAGAAUGAUAAUGCUGAGAAGGAAAAAGCAUCCAGUGAGGAUUCUGUGGACAGGAUGUCAUUCUCAUCCAACUUAAACCACUACGGCAUGCUGCAUGUAGCCAGCGUCAGUGAUGUUCUGCUGGACACGUCUUUCACACCACCAUGUCAGCGCAUGGGAGCCAUGGUCGCUUUCCGCUCCUUCCUGGAGUUCACCAGGAACAUCACUGAUGUGUUGAGCUGUUUCUCUGACUCUCCGCCCCCAAGUCCCACUUUCCCAGAGGGAGGAAACCCCGUCCUGUAUGGUGAAGAGGACAACAAGAGCGUCCAGGAUGAGCCUAUCCAUAUCCUAAAUGUGGCAAUCAAGACAGACAGCGACACUGAUGACGACGGCCUGGCUGCCAGCUUCCGAGAGUUCACUCAGACAAAGAAAUCUCUGCUGUUUGAACACGGCAUCCGCAGGCUGACUUUCCUGGUCGCUCAAAAGGAUUUCAGGAAGCAACUCAACUGUGAGGUGGACCAAAGGUUUCAUAGAGAAUUCCCCAAGUUUUUCACAUUCCGUGCCAGAGACAAGUUUGAGGAGGACAGGAUCUAUCGUCACUUGGAGCCUGCUCUAGCUUUCCAGUUGGAGCUCAACCGCAUGCGUAACUUUGCCCUAACUGCCAUCCCGUGUGCGAACCACAAGAUGCACCUUUACCUGGGCGCAGCACGUGUAGAGGUGGGCACAGAGGUCACAGACUACCGCUUCUUUGUGCGAGCCAUCAUCCGCCACUCCGAUCUGGUCACAAAGGAGGCCUCGUUUGAGUACCUCCACAAUGAGGCAGAGCGUCUGCUGCUGGAAGCCAUGGACGAGCUGGAGGUGGCGUUCAACAACACAACUGUACGAACUGACUGCAACCACAUCUUCCUCAAUUUUGUCCCCACUGUCAUCAUGGACCCAUCAAAGAUUGAGGAGUCCGUGCGCUCCAUGGUGAUGCGUUACGGCAGCCGUCUGUGGAAGCUCCGUGUCCUGCAGGCUGAACUGAAAAUAAACAUCCGCCUGACUCCGACAGGAAAGCAAAUCCCCAUUCGCCUCUUCCUCACUAACGAAUCAGGCUACUACCUGGACAUCAGCUUGUACAAGGAGGUCACCGACUCCCGAACGGGACAGGUGGGGCCCAAAGACCGACAGAUUAUGUUCCAAGCGUACGGGGACAAGCAGGGUCCGCUGCACGGCAUGCUUAUAAACACACCCUACGUCACCAAGGACCUGCUGCAGUCCAAGCGCUUCCAGGCACAGUCUCUGGGCACAACCUAUGUCUAUGACUUCCCUGAAAUGUUCAGACAGGCUCUGAAGAAGCUGUGGCACGCCAGCCAGGCCUUUGCUCACUUACCCAAAUGUCCUCUUCCCAAUGAGCUGCUCACUUUCACAGAGCUGGUUCUUGAUGCUCAGGGUCAGUUGGUGCAGAUGAACCGACUCCCAGGGGGCAAUGAGAUCGGUAUGGUGGCGUGGCGGAUGACCCUGCGUACCCCUGAAUAUCCAUUAGGACGUGAAAUCAUCGUUAUAAGCAACGACAUCACACAUAAAAUCGGCUCCUUCGGGCCCCAGGAGGACGUGUUGUUCCUGCGAGCUUCAGAAAUGGCGAGAGAGAGCGGCAUCCCUCGGAUCUACAUCGCAGCCAACAGUGGUGCCCGCAUCGGGCUGGCAGAGGAAAUCAGACACAUGUUCCACGUGGCCUGGCAGGAUCCCGUUGACCCAUAUAAGGGUUUCAAGUAUCUCUACCUCACACCUCAGGAUUACAAGAAAGUUUCCGCCCUGAACUCUGUGCACUGUGAACACGUGGAGGAUGAGGGAGAAUCAAGGUACAAGAUCACCGACAUCAUUGGGAAAGAUGAGGGGCUGGGUGUAGAGAACCUGAAAGGGUCUGGAAUGAUUGCUGGAGAGUCCUCUCUGGCUUAUGAGGAGAUCAUCACCAUGAACCUGGUCACAUGCAGAGCAAUAGGGAUCGGGGCCUAUCUGGUGAGGCUGGGACAGAGAACCAUUCAAGUAGACAACUCGCAUAUUAUCCUGACUGGAGCUGGAGCACUCAACAAGGUCCUGGGCAGAGAAGUCUACACGUCGAACAACCAACUCGGUGGAGUUCAAAUCAUGCACAACAACGGAGUGACCCACAGCACUGUUUGUGAUGACUUUGAGGGAGUCUUCACGUUGCUGCAGUGGCUCUCCUACAUGCCACUGUGUAAAGCGAGUCCAGUACCCAUCCUGGAUGCCAAGGACCCCAUUGAGCGGCCAAUAGAGUUUGUGCCUACAAAGGCUCCCUAUGACCCCCGCUGGAUGUUAGCAGGACGACCCAGCCAGACGCCAAAGGGAUCCUGGCAGAGCGGCUUCUUUGACCACGGCUCCUUUAUGGAGAUCAUGCAGCCAUGGGCUCAGAGUGUGGUGGUGGGCAGAGCCAGACUGGGUGGGAUUCCUACAGGGGUGGUUGCCGUGGAAACCAGGUCAGUCGAGCUGUCAAUCCCCGCUGAUCCGGCCAAUUUGGACUCUGAGGCGAAGAUCAUCCAGCAGGCGGGACAGGUGUGGUUCCCCGAUUCUGCUUUCAAAACAGCCCAGGCGAUAAAGGACCUGAACAGAGAGGGCCUCCCCCUCAUAGUGUUUGCAAACUGGAGGGGCUUCUCUGGGGGAAUGAAAGAUAUGUACGACCAGGUGUUGAAGUUUGGGGCCUACAUUGUGGACGGGCUGAGGGAGUACAAGCAGCCCGUUCUGGUUUAUAUUCCACCCCAGGCUGAGCUGAGAGGAGGAUCCUGGGUGGUCAUAGAUCCCACCAUCAACCCUCGUCACAUGGAGAUGUAUGCAGACAAGGACAGCCGAGGUGGCGUGUUGGAGCCUGAGGGAACAGUGGAGAUCAAGUUUAGGAGGAAGGACCUGGUGAAGACCAUGAGGAGGGUGGAUCCGGUCUACACGAGCUUGGCUGAGAGAUUAGGAACUCCAGAACUGAGUCCCCCCGAACGCAAAGAGCUGGAGACCAAGCUGAAGGAACGCGAGGAGUUCCUCCUUCCCAUCUACCACCAGGUGGCCGUGCAGUUCGCAGACCUCCACGACACUCCAGGUCGCAUGCAGGAGAAGGGCGUAAUAACGGAUAUCCUUGAAUGGCAAACAUGCCGUCUCUUCUUUUACUGGCGUCUGCGUCGUCUGCUGCUGGAGGAGACGGUUAAGAGGAAGAUCCAAGCGGCCAACGGCGAGCUGACAGACGGACAGAUUCAGGCGAUGCUGCGCCGCUGGUUCGUGGAGGCCGAGGGGGCCGUCAAGGCCUAUCUGUGGGAUAACAAUGAGGAAGUGGUCGCAUGGCUGGAAAGGCAACUCGCUGAGGAAGAAGGUGCACGAUCUGUCAUUGAUGAGAACAUCAAGUACAUCCGCCGAGAUCACAUCCUCAAACAGAUCCGCAGCCUGGUUCAAGCCAAUCCAGAGGUCGCCAUGGAUUCAAUCGUGCACAUGACCCAGCACAUCUCACCCACACAGAGAACAGAGGUGGUCCGCAUCCUGUCCACCAUGGAGACGUCCGCCUCCUCCUAACAGGCCUGCUGGAGCUCAGCUCAAGCAGACACCUGAACCAAAGGAGGCCUGCCUCAGCUGCACCUGGUCCCCUGACUGAGACCUGGGUGGGAGACUGAGGCUGGAGGAGCCAACUUGAGGGGUCUUGGCAGCUGCCAGGUUACUGAUGAAUGGUUGGCUAUGAUUCUUAACAAGCAAAACUUCAGUUGACUGACAAUUAUAAUAUGUUGUGAAUUGAUUUAUGCUUAUUCUUUAGAUGGAUCUAUUUGUUUUGUAUUCAAGUGCAAUUGAAAAUAAUGUAAGAAAUUCUACUGACUAAUAUGUUUGGAGUGUACAAAGCUAAUGCUUCCAUAAUAAUCAGUGCGGUCUGUGGUUUUUAAGAGUUGCACGCUGAAUUCGUCUUCUGUUGUCAUUAAAACACACUUUGGUUCGUGACAUAUGCUUGUUGGGAUUUGCAAGUAUUUUGAUGACCAACCUGACAAUGAAAACAUGCCGCUGGGGACAUCAGCGAGAAAAGGGGGUGUUACACUUCUGCGCAGGGAGCACUUAGUUACUGAACAAAGAUGGGGAACACUACAACAGAUUUGGGACAUUUGAGCCCAGCAGGGAGCGGGGACGUGGUCUCUUUAAGACCCCGACUGUUUCACAGUUACCCCGCAGUGAGCGACAGGCAGCUCGCCUUGCAACAAAAACCACAGCUGUCCCUUCUGUUCUCACUCACACACAGUUCACACACAUGCUGCUUUAGACGCACUUUACUGCUGCACCCAGAUUCACAGGUGCACAGUUUGAACUGUUGCAUCUACCAUACAAAGUUACACAUGUACACGCACAAAGUGAUACAAGCAGGAACACAUGCACAGGUGGUGAUAACUGAAGUAAGAGUUGUUAAUGGUACUAGACACAGAGUGGGUCAACAUCUUCCUUUCUCCCUGGUUACUUUUUUUUGACACCUGUGUUUGCUCCUGAAAUCAUUUAAACAUUAAGGGUUUUUUAUUUAUUUUUUAACUAAAGAAAUAUUUUUGAAUUUACAACAAAUAGAUGUCUCAAUCAUUUAACGUCUGUUUGUGAAAGAACUGAUGCUACCAUUCCCUGGACUUAAAUGUUACAUGUCAGAUAUAACGUCUAAUUUUCACUGUAAUCCACAUAAACUGUUCUAUUUAAAGUUUGUACUUUAUAUCUUUGAAAUGUUACGUAUUUUUUAUUUUUAAUCUGCUGAAAAACUUGUGACAGGCAUAUAUCUUGACUUGAGUUUGUUACUGAACAACAAAUAGUUCCAACUGUGUCAUGAAAGGAUUUUCUUUUACUUGAAGAAACAGCACUAUAAUGUUAAAUUCGGUCUUAGAUCAUUGUGUGAAAUGUCCUGCUCUAAAGCAUUGUUACCAGUGUGAAAUGACUUCAUGGUUUGUGCUGUGCCUUGUAUGUGCCUGUACAACAAGCAGUCCAGUUGCUUCACAAGUAACUGGAAGUUUCCUACACGAGGAUGAAAAAUAAUUACACUGAUGAGCUCUAAAUGUGUCUGCAAAUUAAAUAAAGCUUUCCCAACUUA